CCGGAUCAGUUUGGAUAUCGGGGCUUUCCCGGAGCUCCGGGACGGACGGACUGCGGCGCGGCGGCGGAAUGGCGGACCGGGACCCGGGACCGGGACCGGGGCCGCUUCCCGGGGAGCUUCGAGCCAAACUGGCCGAGCUGGAGCUCGAGCUGUCCGAGGGUGAUAUCACACAGAAGGGCUAUGAGAAGAAGAGGUCCAAGCUGAUUGGAGCGUACCUCCCCCAGACCCCCGGAAUGGACCAGUCUGUCGGCCAGGAGAGGAGAACCCCCGUCACCCCGACAUCGUCCUCACGAUACCACCGCCGGCGAUCCUCGGGCUCCCGGGACGAACGCUACAGAUCAGACGUCCACACCGAGGCCGUGCAGGCCGCCCUGGCCAAGCACAAGGAGAGGAAGAUGGCGGUGCCCAUGCCGUCCAAGAGGCGGUCGCUGGUGGUCCAGUCCUCCAUGGACGCCUACACGCCUCCAGACACCUCAUCUGGCUCGGAGGGCGAAGGUCAGGGUGAUGGAGAUGAAGAGGAUGGAGGAGACGGUGAAGGGGAUGGAUGCGGCGGCGGAGGAACGCCGUCCAGCCGGGAAGGGAGCAUCACCGUGGAGCACUGGAUCAGCCGGGCCAUCCAUGGCACCUCCUCCACCACCACCACCACCACCACCUCCUCCACGGCGUCAUCUUCCUCCUCCUCCACCCGCAGCGGGGGCAGCGGGGCGGCCGGAGGCCGGCUGGCCGACGUACUGGCCCAACACGUCCACAUGUCCGCCCAGCACCACCUCCGUCACCACCACCACCACCACCACCACCACCACCACAAGUCAGAAAACCACUCGGCCCCUCCGGACGUCACCGGCUACACCAACAACACUCCCAACGCCUCCUGCGACGGGAUCCAGGUGGAGCGAGCGCCCGGCGCCGGCAACGCCGCCCACAAACAGACGCCGAAGUACGGCAACGCCGAGCUGAUGGAGACCGGAGACGGAGUUCCUGUCAGCAGCAGAGUUUCAGCUAAAAUCCAGCAGCUGGUCAACACCCUGAAGAGACCCAAGCGUCCUCCGCUCAGAGAGUUCUUCGUGGACGACUUCGAGGAGCUUCUAGAAGUCCAGCAACCUGACCCCAACCAGCCCCGGGCCGAGGGGGCCCCCAUGGUGGCCACGAGGGGCGAGCAGCUCGGCGUGGUGACCAACUGGCCCCCGUCCCUGGAGGCGGCCCUGCAGAGGUGGGGCACCAUCUCCCCGAAGGCCCCCUGCCUCAGUAUCAUGGACACCAACGGGAAGCCGCUCGGCGUGCUGACCUACGGUAAACUGUGGUCCAGGAGUGUGAAGGUGGCCUACAACCUGCUGCACAAACUGGGAACCAAACAGGAACCGCUGCUCCGGCCCGGAGACCGGGUGGCGCUGGUCUUCCCAAACAACGACCCAGCGGCCUUCAUGACGGCGUUCUACGGCUGCCUGCUGGCCGAGGUCGUCCCCGUGCCCAUAGAGGUCCCUCUGACCAGGAAGGACGCCGGCAGUCAGCAGAUCGGCUUCCUGUUGGGGAGCUGUGGAGUGACGGUGGCUCUGACCAGCGACGCCUGCCAUAAAGGGCUUCCCAAGGGCCCCACGGGGGAGAUCCCGCAGUUCAAAGGCUGGCCGAAGGUGCUGUGGUUCGUCACGGAGUCAAAACACCUCUCCAAACCUCCUCGAGACUGGUUCCCACACAUCAAGGACGCCAGUGAGGACACGGCCUACAUCGAGUAUAAGACGUGUAAAGACGGCAGCGUCCUUGGGGUGACGGUGAUGAGGACGGCCAUGCUCGCACACUGUCAGGCCCUCACUCAGUCCUGCUCCUACACAGAAGCCGAGACCAUGGUCAAUGUGUUAGACUUCAAGAAGGAGGUGGGACUGUGGCACGCCGUCCUCACUAGUGUGAUGAACAUGAUGCACGUCAUCAGCAUUCCCUACGCGCUGAUGAAGGUCAACCCUCUGUCCUGGAUCCAGAAGGUCUGCCAGUACAAAGCUAAAGUGGCCUGUGUGAAGUCCCGGGACAUGCACUGGGCUCUGGUGGCUCACCGCGACCAGCGGGACAUCAACCUCAGCUCCUUGCGCAUGCUGCUGGUGGCAGACGGUUCCAAUCCCUGGUCGAUCUCGUCCUGUGACGCUUUCCUCAACGUCUUCCAGACGAAGGGCUUGAAACCGGAGGUCAUCUGUCCCUGUGCCAGUUCACCAGAGGCUCUGACGGUGGCUGUAAGGAGGCCGCUGGAGGAGGGCACCACCCCCCCUGGGCGAGGCGUGCUGUCCAUGCCGGGUCUGAGUCACGGAGUGAUCCGGGUGGACUCGGAGGAGAAGCUGUCGGUGCUCACGCUGCAGGACGUCGGCUCGGUGAUGCCUGGAGCUCUGAUGUGUGUGGUCAGGCCUGACGGCGUCCCUCAGCUCUGUAAAACUGACGAGAUCGGAGAGCUCUGUGUUUGUACGGUUGCCACGGGAACCUCUUAUUAUGGGCUGUCUGGGAUGACCAAGAACACCUUCGAGGUGUACCCGGUGUGCGGUGGCGGGACGCCCGUCGGCGACGCCCCCUUCACCAGAACCGGCCUGCUGGGCUUCAUCGGACCCGCCGGGCUCAUCUUCGUCGCAGGAAAGAUAGACGGGCUGAUGGUGGUGGGCGGGCGGCGGCACAACGCCGACGACAUCGUAGCCACGGCGCUCGCCGUGGAGCCCAUGAAGUUCGUGUACAGGGGGAGGAUCGCUGUGUUUUCCAUCACUGUGCUCCACGACGAGAGGAUCGUGGUUGUGGCCGAGCAGCGUCCAGAUUCCAGCGAGGAGGACAGCUUCCAGUGGAUGAGCCGAGUCCUACAGGCCAUAGACGGGAUCCACCAGGUGGGGGUCUACUGCCUGGCCCUGGUGCCCUCCAACACUCUACCUAAAACCCCCCUGGGGGGCAUCCACCUGUCGGAGACCAAGCAGCUCUUUCUGGAGGGGGCGCUGCACCCCUGCAACGUUCUGAUGUGUCCACACACCUGCGUCACCAACCUGCCCAAACCCAGGCAGAAACAGCCAGAGAUCGGUCCUGCCUCAGUGAUGGUGGGGAAUCUGGUGUCAGGGAAAAGGAUCGCUCAGGCCAGCGGUCGUGAUCUGGGUCAGAUUGAAGACAACGACCAGGCAAGGAAGUUUCUCUUCCUGUCUGAAGUUUUACAGUGGAGAGCUCAGACCACCCCGGAACACGUUCUCUACACACUGCUCAACUCCAGGGGGACCGUCUCCAGCUCUCUGACCUGUGUUCAGCUCCACAAGCGAGCCGAGAAGAUCGCAGCCAUGCUGUCUGAACGGCGCCACCUGCAAGACGGAGACCACGUGGCACUGGUCUACCCCCCAGGCAUGGACCUGGUGGCGGCGUUCUAUGGCUGUCUGUAUGCCGGCUGCGUACCCGUCACAGUUCGCCCCCCCCACCCUCAGAACAUCUCCACAACACUCCCCACCGUCAAGAUGAUCGUGGAGGUGAGCCGCUCGGUCUGCUUGAUGACGACUCAGCUCAUCUCCAAGCUGCUGCGCUCCAAAGAGGCCUCUGCUGCAGUGGACGUCCGGACCUGGCCCCCCGUCAUGGACACAGAUGAUUUACCAAAGAAGAAACCUCCUCUGCUGCAUAAACCGUCCAACUCCGACACCCUGGCCUACCUGGACUUCAGCGUGUCCACCACUGGCAUGCUCGCCGGAGUCAAGAUGUCUCACACCGCCACCAGUGCCUUCUGCCGCUCCAUCAAGCUGCAGUGUGAGCUGUAUCCGUCCAGGGAGGUGGCCAUCUGCCUCGACCCGUACUGCGGCCUGGGCUUCGUGCUCUGGUGCCUCUGCAGUGUGUACUCAGGUCACCAGUCCAUCCUCAUCCCUCCGUCCGAGCUGGAGGUGAACCCGGCGCUCUGGCUGUCGGCCGUCAGUCAGCACAAAGUCCGCGACACGUUCUGCUCCUACAGCGUGAUGGAGCUGUGCACCAAGGGCCUGGGCCUGCAGACCGACGGCCUGAAGGCUCGGGGUCUGGACCUGUCCCGGGUCAGGACCUGCGUGGUGGUGGCGGAGGAGCGGCCCCGGAUCGCCUUGACCCAGUCCUUCUCCAAGCUCUUCAAAGACCUGGGCCUCCACCCUCGAGCCGUCAGCACCUCCUUCGGCUGCAGAAUCAACCUGGCCGUCUGCCUGCAGCCUCACAGGCUGGGAAAGCUUGCAGACCAGGGGACGUCCGGACCCGACCCCACCACGGUGUUCGUGGACAUGAGGGCGCUGCGACACGACAGGGUCAGACUGGUGGAGAGAGGAUCGCCACACAGCCUGCCUCUGAUGGAGUCUGGAAAGAUUCUUCCAGGAGUUCGAAUAAUCAUCGCCAAUCCAGAGACGAAGGGACCAAUGGGGGAGUCUCACCUAGGAGAGAUCUGGGUGCACAGUGGCCACAACGCCAGCGGCUACUUUACCGUGUACGGAGACGAGGCGCUGCAGUCGGACCACUUCAGCUCCAGACUCAGCUUCGGAGACACGCAGACGGUCUGGGCUCGAACCGGGUACCUGGGCUUCCUGCGUAGGACCGAGCUGACCGACGCCAGCGGAGAGCGUCAUGACGCUCUGUAUGUGGUGGGGGCUCUGGAAGAAGCCAUGGAGCUGAGGGGCAUGCGCUACCACCCCAUCGACAUCGAGACGUCUGUCAUCCGGACGCACAAGAGCAUCACAGAGUGCGCCGUCUUCACGUGGACCAACCUGCUGGUGGUGGUGGUGGAGCUGGACGGCUCGGAGCAGGAGGCCCUGGACCUGGUCCCGCUGGUGACCAACGUGGUCCUGGAGGAGCACUACCUCGUGGUGGGCGUGGUGGUCGUGGUCGACGUGGGCGUCAUCCCCAUCAACUCCCGGGGGGAGAAGCAGCGCAUGCACCUGCGAGACGGCUUCCUGGCCGACCAGCUGGACCCCGUCUACGUGGCGUACAACAUGUAGGGCGCUCUCCGCCCCGGGCUCGGUCUCUCAGGCGUUCUGCCGCCCGCCAGUCCCCGCUGUGGUGUUCAAGCUGUGGCUCAGGGAAGAGCAGCGGCUGCCUCUGGGCGGCGGCAGCCAGGGGGCGCCAGAGGACAAUCAUUAACGUAGCAGCGAUUGUUUCUGAAACAUGGCAGACGGUCGCUUCCUGUUCAGUCUGGUUUGGUUUUUUUUUUUUUUUUUCUCACGACAUUUUCAUAAAUAUUCACAGGAAAUCCACAAACUGUGGAGGUUUAUGAUAUGAUACCGACCAGACAGAGAGGUCUCUAGUCGUAUGGAGGUACGAUCGUAUUUUUCCCUCAUUUCAAAGGAAGCUCCCGUCUCUUGGGAAACCAGCGCGCUAAUUCUCAAUGAGCCUUUAGCAGAGAAAACUAAAACAAACAACACGUCACUCAUAUCAUGUAAGUAUGUACAAAAAGAAUCUGAUUUAAUUUAUUUUCUUCCUCUUUUAGAAGUUCUAUGAGGAGACGUUUGGGAAUGUUUUUUUUUUCUCUUGAAUAUUUGCUAAUAUAAAAAGAAAAAAGCUUCAGAGUGACAAUGAUGCACAUCGAGCAGAAAGAGAAAAACUGUUUAUGAUGAUAGAUUUUUUUUAUUAAAGCUUCACAUUCAUCCCAGGAGACACAGGAGAAACAAACACUUUUCAGAAAGAUUUCUGUGGAAUCAUAUUAAACUCUUCUAAAGAGUUUUGAUCCAAAAGGCUGUAAAGCUUUCAUUGAAAUAAACUUUAUAGGCAAAAAAAAAAAAAGUUUUGAAUCUGAAGUUUUUUAAAAAUGUCAUUUGAUUUGAAUUAAAUAUAUUUUCUGCCCUCUGGCGGUCAGGGGCAGGAAUUACAGCCAGUUUGGAUCAGAAGUCUUCAGUCAGGAGCAGCUAAAAAAGAGCGAAAAUCAUUAAAAAGCUGAAUUUGUCAGAUAUUUACAAAUCAAGAACCACAAAAAUAAAGAAUUUAGAAUGUGAUAUUUUGAUUUAAAACAAAAGCAAAUACAGCCAAACAGAUUUUAUAUCUAUCAAAAAUGCCAGUACUAAAAAGUUUAAGUAUUAAAAUUAGAUAAAAGCUUUUUUUUAGAUGCUUCUGUGUUUGUUAAAAUGAGUUUUUUAUGGAUUGCAUUCAAAUGGAGCGACUCUGCUCUUCUGCACGUGUUGAUUUUUAAAAACACCGGCUGGGAUUAAAUGAAAUGAAAAAAAUCAAGUGAAAAAGGUGAGUGACUCUUCACCUUCGGUGUCUCUCUCUCUCUCUCUCUCUCGCUCUCUCUCUCUCUCUCUCUCCUGAUGAGUGUAAAUAAAAAAGCUUUUCAUAUUUUUCCACGGACGCAUCUUUUCACAGCGGAGACCUUUAACUGUACGAAUGUUCCACACAGAGAAUAAAAAAGCACUUUCUUCACCGUUUGUUCCUCUUUCAGUCAUCAGCAAAGCGUUAGACCCCUUCCUGUUUUUUUUAAAGAUUUUAAAGAGUCUUAUUUGUGUUGAUAUAAAGUUUUUUUUCCAGUUCAAUAAAAGUUUUGAC